AUGAGAGGAAAAGCCCAACUUUUCUUUUUGGUGAUCGGAAUGCUAAUCUACAUCCUCGACUUGACGUCAGACAUUUGGAUAGCUAUACAGUAUUAUCGAAACAACGAAUCGAAAUGGUUUGCACCUACACUGAGUUUUAUCAUUAUUACUAUCGUUAUAACCAAUGUUGCGGCUUGUUUACACGCCUCAAAAGACUCUAUUGAAGGCCCCUGUAAAUGGCUGUGGGUAUUUUGUGCAUGUUGUCCAAUUCUAUCCCGUUAUAUGGAAGAGUUAACUUAUUGGAAACGGGCAAAUUUGGAUAGUUCUCUGUGUGGAGAAGCGUGUCAGAAGUCAACUUGCAGAGAAUGCGAAAACCUUUUGGAAAAGAAGAGAAAGUUGGCUAAAUCGAUCUACUCGCUAGCCUGGUUGCAUCUUAUACAAGCCUUAACCGAAAGUGCUCCUCAGUUUUGCUUACAGCUUUUUAUAAUGUUGGAACAAUGGGAUUUUCCAUGCUUCACCGUACUGUCCACUUCAGUUUCGCUACUAUCUUUGGCAUGGUGUAUUACAGCUCUCGAGCAAGCCCGAGAGACAAAAAACAACAAUCCUAGCUUAGCAUUCGCAUUUUUGGCAUGGCAAUUUUUCGCCUUAGCAUCACGGCUAUCCGCGAUCGUUAUUUUUGCAUACGUUUUUCAAUAUCACGUGUUUAGCAUCCUCGCAUUUCAUUGGUUCGUGGUUACCAUAGCAAUAGCGAUUCAUCGAAAGGACGAAUUUAAGGGGGAGGGAGUAGGACCGUGGAUUUUCAUGCUUUCCGCUUCGUGUUGCUGUGUCUAUCCCCUCUUGGUAUUCGCGUCAGAACCUCUAUUGGCGUUUUGCAAGAAUCGACGGUUUUAUACUUUCAUUAUAUCCAUCAUUUUGGCCGUUGAAAAUAUGAUAAUGUUGGCUCUUACGAUUGGAAUUACAAAAUAUGGUCGCCGUAAAAUAAGCAUGGCAGAUACAGAUGUGCUUUUACCUGUAGCAUUAGCGUGCGUGCUUGGUGGCAUUGCACUAGAAACUGUGUUUUGCGUAGCGUAUUACAAGUGCUGCUGUAGGAAGGACACGGACGUUUCUAAAGACAGACAAAAAAUUGAUGAUGAAAGUCCAGGUAACCGUGUGUCUACUGUGGAAAUCAACGCUGGUUUUAAUCGAAAUUAA